CUCCUCUUUCCUCCCCUGUCCGUUGAUCUCUCCUCCCCUCAGGUUGGAUAUAUAGCUGAUUGAUCAGCAUCUGAAAUAUUAGGAAAACGAGCGUCCAUCAAACAGACAUGGCGUGGCUCCAUCAGAGUCGAGAGUCACCCAGACUCGUCCUGGUGGUGGUUUGUGUUGCUCUGCUGCUCGACAACAUGCUGCUUACUGUGGUUGUGCCAAUCAUCCCAACAUUCCUCUAUGCCAUCGAGCAUCCGAGUCCAGAGCCCCAGACUGCCCAGCCAUCCCUGCUCCCUCUGCACGGCCUCCAUGCAUCACCCCUGGGCACUGCACCCUCACAGCCUUCCUCCUCCACCUUUAACUUCCAGACCUCCAGCAGGACCUCCCAGCUCUUCCAGCUGCUUCGGCCCAGUAACCGUGGACCGAUCCCAGGUACAGGGUCUCCUCGCCCGACCCUCUCAGCUCUGGUGUCCUUGUUUGAUAACUCGACCUUCAGCCUGCAGGAGGUCUGGACUGAAGCGAGCCCUGGCACAGACUCGGUAGACCAGACCUCUGUGACCACGGACCUGCAGGUCAACGAGACCACAGACUCUUCCUGCCUUCAGGACAGUUUGUUUCUGGAAGAGGAAAAUGUUCGAGUUGGGUUGUUGUUUGCCUCUAAAGCUCUCAUCCAGCUGCUUGUCAACCCCUUUGUUGGUCCACUGACUAACAGGAUUGGCUAUCACAUCCCCAUGUUUGCUGGUUUCAUCAUCAUGUUUAUGUCAACCAUCAUGUUUGCCUUCUCAGGGACGUACGCUCUGUUGUUCUUCGCUCGCUCUCUGCAGGGAAUCGGCUCAUCCUUCUCCUCAGUGGCAGGUUUGGGCAUGCUGGCCAGUGUGUACACAGAUGAUGAGGAGAGAGGCAUCGCAAUGGGCAUUGCACUGGGAGGACUGGCCAUGGGAGUCCUGAUCGGAGCUCCAUUCGGCAGCGUGAUGUAUGACUUCGUGGGAAAGAGCGCCCCCUUCCUGAUCCUGGCCUUUCUGGCUGUGUUUGAUGGAGCAUUGCAGUUGUGCAUCCUGCAGCCAUCAAAGAUCUCUCCUGGGAGUGUGGAGGGAACACCGUUACUGACCCUGCUGAAAGAUCCAUACAUCCUCAUCAGUGCAGGGUCUCUGUGCUUUGCUAACAUGGGCGUGGCCAUCCUGGAGCCGACUCUGCCUAUCUGGAUGAUGCAGACAAUGUGCUCCCCAAAAUGGCAGCUGGGUAUUGCCUUCCUUCCUGCCAGUGUGUCCUACCUGAUAGGAACAAACCUGUUUGGAGUUCUGGCCAAUAAGAUGGGACGGUGGCUCUGCUCCAUGUUAGGGAUGUUUAUCGUUGGUAUCAGUCUCCUGUGUGUUCCUUUUGCCACCAGCAUCUACGGUCUGAUCGGACCAAACGGAGGCCUGGGAUUUGCGAUAGGUAUGGUGGACUCCUCCAUGAUGGCCAUUAUGGGCUACCUGGUUGACAUCCGCCAUGCCUCUGUCUACGGCAGUGUCUACGCCAUUGCUGAUGUGGCGCUGUGCAUGGGCUUUGCUAUAGGGCCAUCCACAGGGGGCGCUCUGGUCCAGGCAGUGGGUUUUCCCUGUCUCAUGGUGUUCAUCGGUGUGAUCAAUAUCCUGUACGCGCCGCUCUGCUUCCUGUUACGUAACCCUGCUGUCCGAGAAGAGAAGAUGGCGAUCAUUGAUCAGGAGUGUGUGAUGCACAGGAAAAGCUACAACACACACAAAGAGAGUCGUGAGUUUCCUCUGAGCGACUACAGCGAAGAAGAGGAGACGGAGGAGUGACGCACGCGCGCACGCCAAAACGUCCACAUUGUAAAGUCACCUUCACCUUCGCACUUGCUGUCAUCACGGUCAGAGCAGAGCAGACCUCAAAGGCAUCUGAAAGGGUCGGCCCUCAUCAUCACUUGUUUUCCUGUAAAAGUUUACA